AUGGCAUUGAGGUUACGCGUCCGCCCCGAUGAAGAGGCGGUGAGACAAGAGUUCGGCGACUCGCGACCAGGAGCCAGAGAAGCAGCACUGCGCCGGAAUCCAAUUGGGGGCCUGGCCACCGCCUGGGAGCCCGUCUGGGGGCCCAGGAAGCAUCGGCAUCACCGGCAGCGGGCAAUCCCAUCAAAACAAACGUCGCCCGGGCUGGAUCCAGGCCCCGAGGAGCCGGUCGACGGACGCGUCCGGGUCGAGGCGUGGCUGGAUCAGCGGGCAAAGACGCAGGGCAACAGGGCUGCGGGCGGCAACAGCGAGUGCAAAGGAGACGACAGCGACUCACCAGCGAUCAUUCGAUGA